UUAAAGAAUACUAUUACAAUAAGAAAACAAAAUCUUAUGUGAUAUCAUUGAAAAAAAACAAUAAAAUUUAAUGAAAUACUUAUCUAUUGUGCUACACGUGACGCAUUCCACUCAGCUGAUAAUGACGAUAAACGCUUACUCUCAGAGAAUAAAUUUGUAAAUAAGUUUGUGUAAAAUUUUAUGUCGUGAUUAAUAGUGCAUUUCAUCAUAACGCAGCUUUAACGUAUGUGGUAAAAAUUACAUAAUUAAACACAAAUAUCUCAAAAAUUGCAUUCAGCAGAUUUUUUUCAUAGUCUUCUAACUUCCUAUCAGAUACACAACCUAAAUGUAAUCAGUCUUUAGUCUAUUCACUCGAUGAAAAGUAUAUAUCUGAGGGGAAUCCCAACAACAGUUGCAUAUACAUAGGGGAAGUAUAUUAUAUAGUCAAGUAAAAAGCAAGACUUUGUCAAUUCAAAGCAGUGGGCAUAUGAUUUUAAAUAUGGAACAGUAUGAUAAGUUAAUAAGUGAUGUGAUAGCUAUUGCACAAGAUCAAAUGGAUACAGAAACAUUGAAUAAUUUGAAGAAAGUUUAUUGCAAAAAUAUAAGACCACGUGAACUAGAAACAAUAACAAACUUGGAAACUUUUUUGUUGGCUUUGGACAAGCGUAACAUUAUAAGCUAUGAUAAUACAGAUAUACUUAAAAUCAUUGGUAAUAAAUUAAAAAAUAAGGAAAUUACAGAUUUAAUAACAACAUAUAAUCAACAGUUUCAAGCUUCCGAAACCAAUAUUUUAUACCAUGGUAAGUCUUAUGGUCAUAGUAACAGUGAAUUUCAAAUUAUAAAUCUUUCCAACACUGAAAAAAUACUGACAAACUAUGAGGCUGAAGAACAAAUGAAUUAUUCAUUUUCUAUGAAUCCAAAAUCUAAUAAUCAACACAUUACCAAAAAAAUUUCUGGCAAUAUUUUCUCAUUUGUAGAUAAUAAAAAGCAUAAGAAGGCAAGCCAAACUAAAAAAUGCAUCAUAUUGUCCUCUAUUGCAAUAAUGAAUAUUGUACUUAUUUGUUGUAUCACGCUGAUAAUAUUACAUCUUAAAUCUUUAGCUCUUACACCAAUGGAAAGUAUUGAAAAUGCAAUGCCAGCUCCUAUUCCUAACUUUAACUUUGGAUUUACUUUAAAUCAGCCACAUUUCUACUCAACAGUGCCUCCAGAUGAUCCAGAUAAAGCACUUAAAACUAAAGUCACAAACUGUAUAAGUAAUCAUAUAGGUAAACAUUGGAUUUACAUUUGCAGACACUUGAAUCUUUCAGAAUCUCUUAUUGAUGAAUUAGAAAUAAAAUUUUUGGACCAGACAAAUGCAUACAAAAGUGCUAUGAAAGAGGCUUUAAAUGAAUAUUUUUCCAAAAAUCCUCAAAACUGGAAAAGAGAAAUAUUGGAUGCCCUAAAAGACUCUAAAAGAAACGACAUUAAAAAAAAAGUGGAAGAUAUUUUUCACUCUUGAUAUUUAAUAGUUGCAGAAAAAUAAAGUGUUAUUGUAUCAAGAUUGUAUAAAUUUGUGGUAAAAGGAAUGAAAAUAAAAAAAUAUUUUUGUAUAUAUUUAUAUAUAAAGAAGUAUUUAUUCGCAGUACUUUAAGUAUAAUUUACAUAGAAAACUGAGUUACAUAUGAACUAUGAAAAAAUGGAUGUACGAUGCAUAUCUAAUCAGUUAUUAUGUAGCAUGCGAAUAACAAUUAAUGAACAGAUUGCUGUGUAUUUUUCACUUUUAACUAUUUCCUUAUAAACUAUCGAAAUGAAAACGCAAGCUGCUAACUAAAAUCAAACUAAAA